GUGUCAGAGAUAUUUAGGUCUUUCAAGUAAAUCACUCUUCAUCGCUAGAGGUAUACAAUAGUACUGUGUAUUUUAGGUCUUUUUAAGGAAACCACUGUGUAUCCCAUCACCGGAAAAAUAAUCAAGAUUCUACGUCGGAAAUUGCCACACACUCAGAGUCUCAGACCCACCACCAACUUUAAUAAUACAAACUCAGUUUCAGUUUUAUUUGCUAAUUAAAAGCCUCUCUUUUGGUUGGUGAUUGUGUUUGUCUUCUUCUAUCUAAAAACUAAAAACUCACACAGUGUUUAUGUUUCUUCAUAGACCCUCUACACCCACAAAUCCAUCUCUCCCUUUUUCUUGCUGUUUCUUUGGACUCUAUCCAAACCCCAAAACUCUCUGAAGAAUAAAAAUCUUUUCUUUUCUAGUCUUUUUCCAUGGAAAGACAAUCACUGCUAGCCUCACAACCAAAAACCCAGGUAGAAAACCAUCUCCUUGAUGAAGAAAUCCAGUUCAAACCAUCUCAGUCUAUUAUAAGCCAGAUUAUUUUUGAAGAUCUUGAAGCCCCAUUUCUUUUACAAGCAUCUUCAUCAUCACAUCAUCUGGACCCAUCAGCAGAUGAUGAAUAUACACCACCUGAGAGGGUAAAGCAUGGUCUUACAAGAUCAAGAACUGCUCCAGCUAUGGCUAUUAUGAGAGAUUUCAAAGGUCAAACCUUGGCAGAGAAACCAAAACUAGUUGAAAAUUCUAUGGUCAGACAAGCAUUUUUUUUAUUGGUUUUUUAUUUGAUUUUUGGUGUAACUAUAUAUUCAUUCAAUCAAGAGAAUUUCUCUGGUAUAGAAACACAUCCUGUUGUUGAUGCACUUUAUUUCUGUAUCGUUACUAUGUGUACAAUUGGGUAUGGUGAUAUUGCACCAUUGACACCUGCAACAAAAAUCUUUGCUUGUGUUUUUGUGUUAGUGGGGUUUGGAUUUAUAGAUAUAUUGCUAAGUGGGGUGCUGAAUUAUGCAUUAGAUUUGCAAGAAACUUUGAUUUUGGCAAAUAGUCGUGUGGAUAUGGGUAGCAAGGCUAAUGGUUCCCGUAAAAAGUUUUCGGCGAGGAAUUACAUUUUUGAUGUGGAAAAAGGAAGAAUGAGGAUAAGAAUGAAGGUUGGAUUAGCACUUGUGGUUGUUAUAAUGUGUAUUGGAAUGGGUGCAAUGGUUUUACAUUUUGUUGAGAAGUUAGAUGUGAUUGAUUCGAUUUAUUUGUCAGUCAUGUCUGUUACAACUGUUGGGUAUGGUGAUAGAGCUUUUAAGACAUUACAAGGAAGAUUGUUUGCAUCGUUUUGGCUUUUGUCAUCGACUUUGGCGGUUGCUAGAGCAUUUCUAUAUCUGGCUGAGUUAAGGAUUGAUAAAAGGCAUAGAAGUAUGACAAAGUGGGUUUUGCAUAGACAGAUUACAGUUGAAGAUUUGCUUGCAGCUGAUAUCAAUAACAAUGGUUUUAUCAGUAAAUCCGAAUAUGUGAUACUCAAACUCAAAGAGAUGGGAAAGAUCAAUGAGAAAGAUAUAUUGCUGAUCUGCAACCAGUUUGACAAGAUUGACCCAAACAACUCUGGGAGGAUCACACUUCCUGAGUUACUGGAUAGUCAAAGAUCCAUAUAAAGAGGAAUACAAACUGAACCAGUAUUCUCUCAAUGGUUGAAGCCAGAUUAUCUUUGUUCCACGGGCAGAGAAGGGAGCAGAUGUGAAGAGAACGAAUUAGCCAAGCCUGCAUCGUAGACCAUCUGUAUAUUCGUUUAAUGUUAUACAAUACUAUAAAUGUAUAGAAAAAUCUGUGAUCCAAUUUUGCAGAGAUGGACUCUCAUUUGUUGUAUAUAUACAUACAUACAAAACCAGCUUAAUAUAUCAGCUCAAAGGUCUUGUUUGACUGCAAAUUGGUUGGGAAACUUGACCUGUUCCAGUUUCUAUCCUACUUAUUUGGUUCAUUCUGUCAUCAAAAUUAGUUUGGAUACACAUAUAAUAAAUACAGAAGUGAUUCACUGAUUCAAUGUAAGUUUGCUCUAAAUGCAGUCAAGAGGGUA